AUGGCUAAAGUUGUGACUGUUUUCGGAGCAACAGGGACCCAGGGAGGUGGGGUGGCCAAUGCCCUGCUGGAGGAUCCAGAGUUCAAAGUUCGAAUAGUGACGAGAAGCGCCUCUAGCGAUAAAGCUAAGGCACUGCAGGAGAGAGGUGCAGAGGUCAUUGAAGGCAAUUUUGACGAUGCCAGCUCUCUGGAGCGGGCACUGCAGGGUGCCCACGGAACGUUCGUGAUGACUCAGCAUUCCUUUGAAGUUCCAGACUCUGAUCAACUGGAGAUCAAGCAGCUGGAGGAUGGGACUUAUGAACUAAGUUUGUCAAAAUGGCGCGUCGACUGUUGUCUUGGUCUGACUUCUCCAGACUUCGCGAUGGAGGGCGCUGCAGAGCACGGUGUCAGCGUUACCGACUCGGGUUUCGCCGUCAGAGCGAUCUUCCAAAACAGGGCCGAAUGGCUGGGCAGGACUGUCGGCUUCAGCGCAGAAAAACUCACCAUCCAGCAACACGCAGACAUUCUCUCCAAACACCUGGCACCGAGGGUGUUCAAAUCGACAAAGAUGACGUCGGACGCGUUCAGUAAGCUGCCUUUCCCGGGAGCAAAGCACCUCGGCGACAUGUUCAAGUUCUUGCGCCUGGGAAACCCCGACUACAGCCCGGAGCUGACCCGGCAGCUGUACCCGGGCACCAGGGGCCUGGACCAGUGGGUGGCGGACAACAGGGAGGCGCUGCUGAACGCGCUGUCAAACAGCACGACGUGAAAUGUAAACUGUGUUAGCACGUGUUUGAACGGAGAGCUCGAGACAUCUCAGCAAAGA